AUGACGAUUAUCCUACAACUGAUACUUUUAUUUUUUUUUAAUUAUGCAUUAUGUCAAAAUUAUCAAAUAAGCGACGGACUCUCCUUAGCUGAAAUAAAUGAUUCUGUUAAGUGGUUUUAAAUUCAAGCUGGGAAUCCAUAUGUGAGAAAGUUUGUGUUAAAUGAUGAUAUUGUUUAGGCUUAGAAAAUAAACAAAAAAAACAAAGUUAAUGUAUUAGAGGGAUUAUUUAUUGCAUAACCAUAAGACCCUAAAGAAGACUUAAUGAUAAGUGUAAAUGGAAGCUAGUUUUAAGGAAGAAAACCUUCAAUAUUUAUUUAGUAUCAGCUAGAAAACUAAGGAUAUUUAUGUGGUGAAGGUUCUACAAUAUGUUUUAUAGAAAAAGAUGUGAUUUAAAAAAAACAAAAAAUAUAUAUAAUUAUUCAAUGUUCAGACUCCUGUGAAUUCGAAAUACUAGUUUAAUACCAAAUAAGCAAAGAAAUUAUAUAGAGCUAAAAGUAGUUGGUAUCUAUGAAUUUUAGAGAAUAUAUAAAAAAAUUAUAUUUUAUGCUUAACUUAGGCAGCGCAAAAAUUAAAGGAUUUAUAUUAAAAGUUGUUAUUGAUUCAGACUUAGAAGGUACAUUCGAUAUGUAUAUCUUUUAAGGUAGUAAAUACUAAUCUAUAAAUGAUGCUUUAUAAAAUACUUAGGUUACAAGCUCUUUUGGGAAAAUAAUCAGGAUUGAACCAGAUUAAGGAUUGACUAGUCUUCAGGACUAUACCCUAGUACUAAGAAGCUAGCAAAAUAUAAAAUUCAUGAUUACUGUAGAUUAUAUUUAUUACAAAGAAGAAAUAGAUAUUACUUUAAACAACAAAUUUAGUUACGCUCUAAAUGAAAAUGAAUAAGUAUUACUAAAAGCAAAUUGUGGUGAUAGUAGCAAUUUGAAAAGCUCUGUAUCAAUUGAUUUAUAAGUACAUUAAGGAGAAGGGGAGAUUUAUAUAGAUUCGACUCCAAAAAGUUAAAUUGAAUAAUACAGAUUUUAAAAUUCUGUAUCUAGCUAUUAAACUUACACUUUAGACAAGAAAUACUUUGUUUAAAAGAAUACCAAAGAACCUCAUUUUUAUACUUUAAUUAAAGCAUCCAGCAAUUUUUCAUUUACCAUAAAAAUCUAUCUUAGCGAUUUGAAAUAAAAGAAAUCACUAGACCUAAAUAAUUUGUAAUACUUAAUGUUUUAACCAUCAAGCGAAUUAAAGUAUAUUACUUAUGAUUUACAGUUUAAUUUGACAAAGCAGAUAUAAAUUUAGCUGAUCCUUUAAGAUUUAAAUUUAAAAGCCAAAAAACCUGGUUCGAUUAAAUCUUUAGAAAUGAUAGUUAAAAAUUGUGAAGAAAGUGUAAAAACAAAGUAAAAAUGUAAAAUAACCCCAGAAGAAAUUUCUAAUUACUCCAAAAAUAAUUUCACAGAUACUCAAUUUAUUCCCAUCAUAUAAUCUAUAGAUGGAUAUACUACUAAAUGCACUCUGACCACAAAUGAUUAUCAAUAUAAUUAAACCAGUGAAACAAGGCGCAAGACUAACAGAUACUAUUCCAUAGCUAUAGCUAUAGCUUAAAGUGAAUUUAAAAACAAUAAUUUAACGAUGUUCAGCUUACAGACUAUAAAGUAGUACACCUUGGAUAAAAUUUCCUAAUUCAAUGAUGAGGAAUAACAAAUCAAUAACUUCUAAAAGAAAUUUUAUUAUUUUAGAGUAAAAAAUUAAUUCAUAGAGCCAUUAAAAAAAUCAAUAACCAUCUACGUCUAAACAUAAUAUGGAUGCAUAGAUGUAGAGACUUCGUUAGACAAUCUACUAACCAGUGAUUCAGAAGCAAUGACAUUCUAUUCAAGCUAGCCUGUUGUAAAAUCUAGUAGAUAUCAAUAAGUUUCAUAAACUUCUUCUAUAAUUGAUGAAUAUUACAAUUAAUUUUCAUUAGACAUUGAUGGAGAUUCUUAUAAAGAUGUCUUUAUUUCGGUAAAAGGUAAAAGUGACUCUAUUUAUAAAUUUUUCAUAUAUUCUUAAGAACAGAGUUCACCUACUUUUGGUAACUUGAGAGCUAUUGGAGAUAAUCUUGACUAUGGAAGAGUCUAUGAAGAUAAACUCUACGAUGUUUCUACAAUGAAUACACUUAAUAUGUAUUUUCCUCAAAACACAUCAAAUAUUUUUAUUUAUUACUUUAUCGACUACACAGAUCUCAAUAUUGAAAGAGUUAAGAAAGACAUUAAAGUUAUGUCUCAUUUAAAAUAAAGAAAAAAUAUUAAAAUAACACCAACAAUUAAACUAACUGACUUGCAGACAGGCUCUCUAGUAUAACAAGAUUAGUAUAAGGUCCUAGAAAUUAAUGAUGGUUUGAUCUACAUUGAAACUAAGAAUAAAAAAUAGUAAUAUUACCAAUUAGAUAUCCUCAAUAACUAUUCUACUAACUACAACAUAUCUAUAUACUAUUCUAUUUUGUACACAUAGAGCAAUUACUACUAUCUCAAGCCAGGUUUUAAGUACUAUUUCACAGCAGAUGAUAAAGCCCCUUCAUAAAUUGCAUUCUUCUAUGCAAGAGCAAAUACAACUAUUUAUUUUCAGUUAUUUGCAUGCAACGGAACCUUUACUUUCAAAUAAUGGAGUUAAAAGAAGAAAAAUUUUUCCUAAAAUAUAAAUUUCACUCUUGAAAAUCUUUAGAACUUGAGCAUUUUUAUUGACAAAAGCGAUUAUUAUUAUUUCUAAUUUGAUUUGAUGAAGCCUCAAGAGUAAGGCUAAGUUAUCUUGAACUUGCAUAUGUACUACUAGGAUGAAUACAGUCCGUAUGAUUUGAUUUAAGUUCCAGAUAUUUAAUAUCAAGUUAAAUAAGAUAAUGAUUUUCUUAAUAUAAAAUUUAAUUAUUUGGCAUUGAAUAAAAGUGUUGUAGAAAAUCUUUCAGAACAAAUAUUUACAGAAUCUCUUCCAUCUAUUUAGGACAAUACGACAUAAUCUUAGAAACAAUAAUACAUACUAGAUUUUGCUAAUACAAAAGCUUUGAAGAAAUAAAUGAGUGAUUUUUCUUCUGUUAAAGUGAUAUAUUAUUUUUAAAUAUCUAAUAAUCAAUCCCAUAUUAGUUAUUGUAAUCCUUGCUUUUCGGUUCCAAGAACAUACCAUAGCUUUUAUAUCAUGUAAAAAAGAAGCUUUGCUAAUUCAAUAGAAGAAAUUAACAAUUUUAAAAUUUAAAAAGCUGAUAUAUUAAAAGCAAUAAAAAAAUACAAUCCUCUAUAAAUCUUUAGCAUAGAAGACUCAAUUAAAAAUUCAACUAUAAGUACGGAAUUAUAUUUCAGUGUAAUGGCUGCACUUGAAAUAAAAGAUAAUUUAGGAUAAUUGUCAGAGAGCUAUUACUAUUUGUAUGAUAGAUAAAAAAUAAAUCUAACUUAUUUUAAUUAAACUUAAGUUCAAAGCAAUUUGAAAGAAUAACAACAAAUUAAGACAUUUCACUUGGCACUGAUAAUAUGCAUCAUAGUAUUCAUAAGUCUCCUAUUAAUAUCUAUAAUUUGCUCCUAUAGAAUUUUUAGAAAAGGAAUAAAUCUUCCUUGCUCUUGCUUUAUGUAGCAGGUCUAUACUGAUAUUCCAGAUUCAGAUAGUUAAUCCAAAAAAAUUAAAGUUAGGAGACUUUCAAACUUAAAUAAUUUAGAUGGAGCAUUCAAUUAAAAAGUUAGAGAAAGCAUUUAAGAAUUUCUUGAUGUUAAAAAAAAAACUCAUAAAUCAUUCACAUCUCCACCUCCUCCAACAAUUGAAUAAUGA